UCAAUGAACAAAGUAUGUUUGCAGGCUGUGAAACUAGGACGUCCUCCACGAAGAGAUGAAAACUUUAUCCAAACCCAUACAAGAAAAAAUGGUGUUCCUACAGAACAGGCAAAACCAAUAAUUGACCAACUUAAUGAUGUUCUUGGAGUAUAUCCAGAGUUAAAGGACCGGUCAAUUCAAGAGGGUGAUGCAUUCUCUAUUGUUUGUGGACCAAAAGAGCCAAAAGGAUAUGUUCGUGUUUUGGGUUUAGGCCCUACUCCUCAAGAUAUUGGCACUCCAGAGUUGAAGUCUUAUACUGCAACAAGACUACAAAUGGAGAUUCUUGCUCGUACAAAGGUUCAAAGUGAGAAGGCUGCUUUAGAAGAGCGUGUACUUGAGCUACAGACUCAAAUUGAGCAAAGGGCUCAACCAGACCGGGCAAGUGAAGAGCCCAUGUCACAUCGUGGCUCUACUUCAUUUCAACAUAAGGUAUUCAAUAUUUUCAUUCAUGCUGCUUUAUCCUAAUUUUCUAGAUUCCUUGUACUAUGCUAUGAAAUUGUGUUUCUUAAGGUGAUGAGGAACAAGUUUGCUGUUGAGGAUGAGGAAGACAAUGAAGAAUAUUGUGCUUCUGAAGAUGAGAAUUAGAUGAUGAGGAUGAUCAAAUAUUUCAUCAGAUGCAAGGUGCUAACUCACCAAGAUCUACAAGGCACUUUGCUGAAGCUUCACACUCUAAACAUGAUGAUCUUGUUGGAAAAGAUGUCAUAUUAUAUGCUAUGUUGAGAUCUGAUUUGCCUGUGGCUAAAGGGACAAUUGUUUCUACUAAACCAAGCACCACAGUUGGAGGCCAGAUCCUUGGAAGGCAAUAUUGUGAAGUUAUUGUAACUUGUGUGAUAAAACGAGAUACAGUUUUGCCUCGCCCUUGUGCAAAUGUGGAAACUAUGGCUGAUGCUUACAUGAUGUCAGUUGCAUGGCCGUACAAGAAACUGAAGUUGGUGCAUAAGGCUGCAACACCGUCUAGUGGAGGGUGUUCUGGACAAAGAAAGCUUGUACCUUAAAACAGGAGGAUACAAGAAGCUGGAGUGGUUGCCUGAAGGCUUUUGAACUGCUUGAAGCAUUAGUGUAGCUUUGGUGCUUUUGUGACUGAUCAACUCUGGAGCAGCUAGAGUGAUGUAGUUGUGGACUUUUGAACAAUAG